UUAAGUUCAACUAUAAUUGCCUUUAUUGUUUAUAUGAUUUUUCUUUGUUUUUUUUUUUAAGCUUGUCAUAGGAUAUGGGCCCUUAAGUGGAUGUCAUGUUUAUUUGUAUAAGGAAGAUAUCAGUAUUUAAAAAAUUCACUUUCUUCAAGGAGCAGCAGCUUGCUGGUUCUUUCUUGUGGUUGUUCUUUUUCUCUUGUAGCAUUGGUGAUAGGACAGAUUGGCUGGAUUCAACAGUUAGUUUCUUUGAGCACUACAUACUUGUCUUUUGUUAUUUGUAGAGAACCCCCAUUUUAUAUCCUGUUCUUUCGCUAUGUGUUGAGCAACUUGAGAAAACAAUGAACUCUAGCUGACUCAAAUUAUUCCAAUAUUCUACCUUUUUUGAGAUUGAAGGCUUUAGAUAAGGCUUAAUAUUACGAUAAUUACAAGAUGGCUUCUUCUUUUUGUCUCUAAUGUCACAGAUUUUCAAACAAUUAUCUGACUCUUAGACAUUUAUCUAAAGGAAGAUCUUAACCAUAUUUCUGUACCAGCACCCACCAUAAAGCAUCACACCUUUAAUUUCUUUGAGCAAAGUAGAAUGUCAACUUAACUUGUUAUUGACUAGAAAAACAUAGCUAGGACAUUUUUUUUUAGCACAAUAUUUUUGUCCCAAUGUUGAUUCAUUUAUCUUAACCAGAAAGUGAUUGUCCUACUAAAGAUUUGAUUAAUGAACAUGUAGAAUGUCCAAUUGCACACUAAGACCGAGGAUCCUAGGCCAUGUAUCUGGAAGGAGGUUGUUCAAGCUAUUGGAACCAAAAGAAAUCAUCUGGAGUUCUGCACUCUUAGGAAGUUUUAGUUUUCUGAACUCCAACAAUUUUACGCUUUAUAAGUUGUCAUGAACUAGAGAUUUUGUUGGUCUUCAUGCUUCAUUUUUCCAUGAUAGUAAGCAUAUAACAGUCAUUGCUUCUUUGAGGCAUCUGUAUAGCCUGUGCAAUUGUUUUGGCUACUUUGGGGUAUCCACAUGGUUUAUCCCUUUCUUAUGAUUUUCUGAUAUGUUCACGUAAUAUACUUGUUGACAAAAAGAAAACUCAAUGUGGAAUUGCACUUAAAGUUUCCUGUACAGACUGGUUUGUGUCAUAUUUUAUACUUGUUCCACCUACUGAAUUGGAACUUGGAUUACAUCUAAUCUUAAUCAGUGGUCUGAUGUAGCUACGAGGUGCAACCUGUCAAAUGCUUGUGAUUUUCCGUUUUCUUCCCUUGAGGAUUUGCAACCCUGGGGCCUUGUUCCUGUGAAUCCCUGCUCGCAGCCUGAGCACUUUAUCAUUGAACAAAGCAGUGUCCCUUUCUCGGUGUGGAUUAUGUUGCAGUACUGAGUUUGAAGUUCUAUAUUUUUCUUCUCUUAUUAUCGACACAUUUAUAAAGUGACAAAUGAACUGGUAUCACUCCACAGGCAACUCCGUACAGGAUGAAGCUCCAUCGGUUGGGAACUCAGUUUAGAUGUUUGUCUGUGCACAGAGAUUUGAAGGGUCAGACAACUGCCAGGACAGAGAUUUUAUUUAUUGAAAAUGGUCCACCAUCCUGUAUGCUGCCCAAUUUUUUGAUGGUCCGAAUGUGGAGUUUCUUCACGUCGACAUAUGAAAUUGCAAACAGUUUGGCAAUCACUCAAAAGCAGUUCGGUCAUGCUCAGUCGGUUCACAAGUUUUCCUUGUGCUGUCAGUUUUCAAGGUUCCUGGCUGAAUCAGCUUGCAGCUUCGGAAGUGCUAGUUCUAAUUUGCACAUAAUAGUUGGUUAUUGGGUUGGACCUGACAUUGAAGAUGGAUGGGGAUAUGCGGAGGCCUCUGUAAACCAAAUUUUUAGGUAUUGAAAAGCGUCUCUCUCUCUCCACAUUUAAUGCACUCCUGGGAAUGUCUCCUGGUUGUCCCUGGCGACACAUAACGCAUCUUGAGGAAGAAGAUCAAAAAGGACCCUGAUGCAUACGAGAUAUUGAUGUCGACGGCUGAGCCAGGGACGUGGCAUGGUCGUGGCCAUGCAGCUUUUGGUGAAUGCAUUCGGCGGACAGGAAUCACACAAGUGUUCCACUGGUAGGGGAGCUCAAUCCCUUUUUUCGAUUGUGGGCCUUUUUCUUUGUCAUCACACCUCCCCUUGUAAAACUUUUUUCUCAUUAUUUCAUUAUGGCAACAUUUUGACCUGCGCA